AUUCUAGCUCUCAAUUCUGCCAAGAACAUGUGAACCCUGCAUAUUCCCAAAGCCACGUUGGCCUUUGAGGAUGUAACAGGAACAAAGGGUGGCCGUGCAGAGGGACAGAAUAUGCUGUUCAAAGCCCAUCUGGUUUGUUGUUCACCACCAUGCCAGAGUGCUCUUCCCUAGAAAAUGGAAAUUGGUUGUUGAUAGGACCAGCCAAGGAGGGACGGGCCAAGGGAGGGCUCCGGUGGUGUUUCUGUUUCAUAGGCUAGCUUUGUUUUCUGGCAUCCAUGAGCCAUGAGCUUGGAUUUAAGCCAUAGAACAUCCUGUUUUUCCCCUCUAUUUGCCUCUCUUCUUGCCAUCCAUUUCUUCUACGAGUCCUACAAAAUUGCCUUACAAAAUUAAAGAACAAGCUGGGUAUCUUCCCCAUUCAACAAUAACUGUCCUUUUUUCCAGGCUGUAACGAGAGACCUGAAAGAUGAACUCUGCCAGAGAAAAGGUCACCUUGAACAUCGGGGGAAUCCGAUAUGAGACGUACCUCAGUACUCUCAGGGCCUUUCCCGGAACCAAGCUGUGCCACUUGACGGAGCCUCAGGCCUCCACCACCUUUGACUAUGACCCCAAUGUCAAAGAAUUCUUCUUUGACAGAAACGCCGGCCUCUUCGAUGAGGUGCUGAAUUAUUACAGGACCAAACAUCUCCACUGUCCCGAAGCAGUCUGUAAGUCGGUCCUUGAGGAGGAGCUGGCAUUCUGGGACAUCUCUGACGCACCCUUGGCUCCCUGUUGUCGGCAGAAGCUGAAUGAUUUGGAGAGUCAACACGAAGAGUACAACAUCUGGGACGGGGACAGAUCCGCUGAAGAUCAGGGCCUCCUGGCCCAAGGGGAAACAAGCAGUAACAGCUGGAGGGCCCGGUGGCAGCCCAAAAUCUGGGCUCUCUUUGAAAAGCCUUGUUCCAGUUUGCAUGCUAAGUGCCUGGCUGCUGUUUCUCUGCUCUUCAAUAUCGGCAUCAGCAUCCUUUUUAUAGCGAAGACUCAUGAACAAAUACAUUACAUUCCUGUUCACCACUCCACCAGUGAACUUUACAAUGAGACUACCUACCACCAUGAAGUUGAAUUUUCAUUUUACAAACGAUUCCUUUACCUCCUCCAUCUGGAGCUUUUCUGCGUCAUCUGGUUCAUGUUCGAGUUUUCCUCACGGUUCACGUUCUGCCCAGACAAAAAGAAAUUCCUUAGAAACCCUCUGAAUGUGGCCGAUCUCAUCUCCUUGUUUCCAGUUUACAUCGAGCUCUUCUCAACUGGGCAUCCCAAAGCAAAUCACAGUCUCAUAUGCUGGCUGGGUUUGUUUCGGGUGCUGUAUUUCCUCAAACUCCUGAAGAUACUUAAAUUGGUGGAGACCCCUCUAAUGUUCAGAGUCCUGUCCUACACACUGAGGUCCAUCCUAAGGGAGAUUGUCAUCCUCUUGAUGGUUUUUGCCUUUGAAAUCCUUUUCUUUGGCACCAUCUGUUAUUAUGCAGAGUUCAUUGGAGAGCAUGCUGAGACAUACUUCAAUGAUAUUACCUAUUCCUUCUGGUGGGCAGUGGUCACCUUGACCACUGUAGGCUAUGGAGACAUGUACCCUAUUUCUGCAUUCAGCAAAGUGAUAGCAGCCUGCACUGCAGUGUGUGGCGUGCUAACCAUUAUCAUCCCAAUCCCAAUCUUCUUCAUCAAGUUCAAGGGCUAUUAUGAUGCUGCUGUAAUCAAGGAGGAGAUGAAGAGGAUGAAGAAAUAAAUGCCAACACUGCCAUCUUGAGAGCUUCAGAGCACCACACUUCCAACUCUCUCUGG